AUGUCGUCUGUCUCUGAAGCUUUUUUGAAAGAGUUACCUAAAUGUGAACAUCAUUUACAUUUAGAAGGUACUUUAGAACCUGAUUUAUUAUUCCCAUUAGCUGCCCGUAACAAUGUCACAUUGCCUGCCAAUUUCCCAAAGAGUGUUGCUGAAUUAAACGCUACAUAUAAUUCAUUUGCUAAUCUUCAAGAUUUCUUGAACUAUUAUUAUAUUGGUACAAACGUUUUGAUCACAGAACAAGAUUUUCACGAUUUAGCAUGGGCUUAUUUCACAAAAGUUUCCUCUCAAGGACUUGUUCAUGCAGAAGUAUUCUAUGAUCCUCAAUCUCAUACCGAACGUGGUAUCUCCUUAGAGACCGUCACCAAAGGUUUCACCAGAGCUUGUAAACGUGCUGAAAGGGAAUUAGGUAUUACAUCUCGUUUGAUCAUGUGUCUAUUGAGACAUACCGAACCUUCUGCAUGUCUUGAAUUGGUUAAAGCUGCCGCCCCAUUAAUCAAAGAUGGUACUAUCCAAGGUCUAGGACUUGAUUCUGCAGAAAAACCUUUCCCACCAGAAUUAUUCACCGAAUGUUACAACGAAGCAAAAUCCUUAAACCCAGAUUUACAAUUGACUGCACAUGCGGGUGAAGAAGGUCCUGCGCAAUAUGUAUCCAAUGCACUAGAUUUAUUACAUGUCACUAGAAUCGAUCAUGGGAUUAAUUCUGUUCAGGAUCCAGAACUAUUACAGAGAUUGGCACGUGAGAGAAUACUACUUACCGUAUGUCCUUUAUCUAAUGUAAAAUUACAAGUAGUUAAAGCAGUGAAAGAAUUACCAUUACAACAAUUACUAGAUAAUGAUGUCCCAUUUUCUUUAAAUUCAGAUGAUCCAGCUUAUUUUGGUGGUUAUAUCCUUGAUAACUAUUUACAAGUAGCACGCGAUUUCCCACAUUGGGAUUAUUCUACUUGGGCUAAGAUUGCCUCGAAUGCAGUACAAGGAUCUUGGAUCGAUGAUAAGAGAAAGCAAGACAUAUUGGAACAAAUUGAAACUGUACUCACCAAAUAUACCUCUGUAUAA